UCGGGUGCUGAGGGUGCAGCUGCUUGUUUUCUGCUCCCAGUGUGGUGUCACGGCCCGUCCAUUCCCGGAGCCCGGGUCACACUGGGCGCGCGCCCGUGCGUGUGAGCGGGACUCAGGGAAGAGGCGUCCCCUUACUGCCUUUUUUUCCUUCCUUCAUCCAAAGAAGGGGGCAGCUCGCACGCUUGCUUUCCUGUCGCCCCGUGGGGAGCGGGGUUGGUGUGCGGAGUGGUUCGUCUUUUUUCUUUCACACUUGUGAGCGCUUUUUUUUUUUUUCCUCCAUUUUUUAGACUCAGUGCCGUCUGGGCUGGUUUCCUCGGUCCCUGACUAACUGCUUUCUGCCCCUUCUGCCACCCCCGCCCAAGGUCGCCCGUCCGCCCUCGCCCCUGGCCCGGGAGGGUGGGAAGCUUGGUCCCGCUCCCUGCCCACCCGCGUCUCCGCAGCCGCACCUGCCUCGAUAUGAAUGGGGUCAACGACCCACUUCUUUUUAUAAAAGAUAUUAAGCCCGGACUGAAAAACUUAAAUGUCGUCUUUAUUGUCCUGGAGAUAGGACGCGUGACCAAAACCAAAGACGGCCAUGAAGUGAGAUCAUGCAAAGUAGCAGAUAAAACGGGCAGCAUCACUAUUUCCGUGUGGGAUGAAAUCGGAGGUCUCAUACAGCCGGGGGAUAUUAUUCGGUUGACCAGAGGGUAUGCAUCCAUGUGGAAAGGAUGUCUGACACUGUAUACUGGAAGGGGUGGUGAACUUCAAAAAAUUGGGGAAUUUUGUAUGGUUUAUUCAGAAGUGCCAAAUUUCAGUGAACCCAACCCAGAUUAUCGAGGACAGCAGAACAAAGGGGCACAGAGUGAACAGAAGAAUAAUUCCAUGAAUAGUAAUAUGGGUACAGGUACAUUUGGACCAGUGGGAAACGGGGUUCACACUGGCCCAGAAUCAAGGGGAUGCCAGUUUUCUUAUGCUGGUAGAAGCAACAGCCGGGGACCUGUAAAUCCACAGCUACCAGGAACAGCUAAUAAUCAAACAGUCAUGACCACAAUAAGUAAUGGCAGGGACCCUCGGAGAGCCUUUAAAAGAUGACCUAUGCCAAAUACUCACAUGUAGUUUUUAAACUACAUGCCCUACUUGAACACUUAUUGCACUUUUAUUUAUUGUUAACUGUGAAAACUAUGUCCUUUAUCGGUUUCCUUUUACAUUUUUGGUUUGUUAAUAAGAGUGUUUUUGUUUAUAGCAGAACUGUUAAGCUGCUCAAGUCUCCUAUUGAGGAAUGGGAACACCCUGAGAAGUAGGGGCAUUUAUUUUUAGAGCAAAAAGAUCUUUGGGUAUCCUCUAAAAUAGCUGCACCCAUUUCGUGGGUGAGUUACUUAAGACAUCAGCAUUAUAGCCUCUAUGAGUCUAUCUUCUGUAUAAAUUUUGUAAUAUUUAAAAUAAGGCUUAGUGGGAGAUGUUCUUUUGUCUUAAAUUCAGAUAUUGCCAACUAAAGCAAUAACCACCAAAAAAAACAAAAACUCAGUCAAUGCUAACAGCAAUUUUUGAGUGUGACUCCAGGAAUGAUUGACUUCUUCAUUGAGUGACUGCCAUUAAGAUUUUCCAAGGACUGACUCAUCCUAAACUGUUGUUUUAUUACCAGAAAACAUAUUCUUUAUCAGAAUUAUGGGAAAGAAAGUGAUCUGUAUUAUAAUGAGUAAUUUUUAAAAGAAAGCUAUAUUUAUUUUAGGGUAGUCCUAUUAAUAUUUAUCACUUUGUGCAUUACACAGAAGGAAAAUUUAAAACUGAGGCCUUGAAUAUUUAUUUUUUGAAGCUACCGUGUUGAAUAUUAAAGUAUAACUUGAGGGAGUUUUAAAGUCAUAAUAAACAUUGAUCUAAUUAUUUAAAAAAAUUUUGGUAGAUAAACGUUAGAGUGAAGGCAAUUCAAAUUGAAUUCAUGUAGAAAUAUGCAAUCUUAAGUUAUGUGGUCCUAGGUACUUGCAGAAACUCAGCCUGGAGUGAAAAUCCUAGGCACUUAAACUUUGUUUGAGGUGCGUGUGUGUGUACGUAUAUUGUCAAAGUUUCUGAACACAAUUCACAAAGCCUUAUCAGCAAAAGUUAACAAAUGGCUCUCUCAAGUGAAUACAGCUUUAUUCAGAAAUGUAAAAGUAGAAUUUAUUUAUGUGUUGUAAAUGGUCCCCAGUUCCACUUUUUAGUGUAGGGUGGAUAACUGGUCAAGUUUUCCUUUGUUAGAAUUCAACUCUUCUUCAAUAUUCUCUCUUGAAUAAAAUUGCAUUCAUGUUAACAGACCUACCUAAUUUUUGCUUUCAGUGAUUUACAGUGGAGAGCCGGGACAUUUGCCUGUAGUUGUCAUGAUGCCUUCAGCCUGGCGACUACUUAGCUAUAUUUGUUGCUUUGUCUUUUUUCCCCACCUUAAAUCCCCCACUGGCAAAAUAAUUUAAGUAGACUUUGUUUUCUGAAAACUCCAUAGAAUUCGAAUAUAAAAAUUUGUGCCAGAUUAUUUGUUUGCUUUAAUUCAGUGUAUCUAACAAAUAUUUCAGUACAUGCUGUGUAUUAGGCACAGUGUGGAGAGCGUUAAGGGUCAGACGAGAUAAUGAAUAAUUUCAAGGAGCUUAUCUAUGAUUUAUAGUACUUUGGUAAUGGAGUUUAUAAAUUCUAGAAAGAAAUGUUUUCUUUAUUCAUAUACUGAUGAUUAUAGUUACUUUGACCUUGUGACUAGUAGUUUCUUAAGACGUUCAAAAAUUGACAAAUGUUUGGAGCAAAAAAAAUGCUACAAAUUAGUGUAUAAUUUUUUAUUUUAAUUCUAAGUAGAGGUUGGAGCAGUAACACUCCAAGUUAUUUGUGGGAGGAUAUAGCCUUAAAGGUGAUUUCAAAAGAAAGAAUUUUGGAGUUUAAGAAAAUUAAAAUAUCAGGUAUGGAUUGCUGAGCUUCCAAUCCUGGCCUGGUUAUCUCGCCUGUGAUGCUGGGCAAGUUAUUGCAUUGAAACCUCUGAAAGCCUUAGAUUCCACAACUGAAAACAAGUAAGGAAUGGUACCCCUUUGUGGAGUUACUGAAGAUUUUCCAUGGAAGUGAUUUCUGGCACAUAACAAGCAGUCAGAUGUUUGUUGUCUAAUCAUACCUCAGUAACAGAAGAAAAUGCAGGGUCAGGUGUGAAAGUAUUGUUACCUUUAACAUCUUGAGAUACGUAGGGAAAGACCUAAGCUUUUCCUUUUGUAAUGGACACUUGCCUGAGUAAUAGAACCUUGUUAUUCUGUGUUCUUUAUCAUUUAUUAACAAAUUUCUUUUUUCUUAAGGGAAACCUCCAAAACCAAAGUGAGUCACAGUCCGUAAUGAAUGUUUGCCUUCCCAGUCUGCUGGAACAGUACUCAUCAAGAAGUUAAGAGGAAGCAAGUUUCCUACCUUCCUCUUUCCUGGUGCUUUCAGCUGUCAACUUUUAAAUAAGUUUAAA